AUGGCUACUUUCCAUUUUAUAUUUUUACAAUCACUUGGACAUGUUCACAAUCAAUUAUUAUAUUCACAAAAUGAAAUAGCUAUACAUGCAUUAAAUAAUUGGGGUUCUAUUAUUUCUACAAGUUUUUGGAUUUGGUUAGCAUUUUUACUUUUAAUCUUCGGAGCUAUUUUUCGUUGUGUUCUUCGUUUUAAUAUUGUUAGCUACUCAUUUUAUUGUGUCUGUUAUGAUGAUGAUAAUGAUGGAUUUAGUGGGGCUUAUUUAAUGAAAAUAUUGCUUGGAUUUUUAAUGAUUAUGUGUAUUGGAAUUAAUUUGUUUGGAGCUGUGUAUUUUGAAAGAAAGAUACAAAAAUUAUUUCCUGGAAAUUCACGAUCUGCUGCAAUAUCCACAACUACAGCAAAUAUUCGAGGACAUCAAUCAGCGUUAGUGUAAUACAUCGAGUUCAUUUACAACAACAAUCUAUCCAAUCAAAUCAAAGAAAAAUUCUCUAUGAAAUGCUUAAAUCUA